GUAAUGUCUGUAACGUUCGAAUCACAUAAUUUAUCGAAUUUUGCGGAAAUGCAGAACAUCCAUUCACCUAUACAGGAAAUCCAACAUCGCUUUGCUCUGUGAAGAUUUCGAAUUAUUUUCUGUGUGUCUCUCUUAACACAUCUAUGCAGAAAUUGCUGAAAGUCAACAUCAAAGAGGAGACGAAAUGGAUUUGCGGCGUUAAACUGAUUUUAUUGAUAAAGUUAAUAUAUAUUCAUAUAAUAGGGGCUUUCAUUUAUUUUCCUUCAAUAGAAAAUCUCCUAUACUAUACUCAUGUGAUUGACGUUGCUUACAUGGACCUAGUGCUAAACUCAUUCGAAACAGUCGAAUCUUUCUUAUUCUUGAGCGGCUUUCUAACACUUUAUCUACGAAGAAAUAACGUGAAGCAUUCUAUUUUCUAUUACAUUAUGUUUGUAGUGAAGAGGUUCAUCAGAUUAACAUUUCCAGUGAUAUGUACUACAGCAAUUGCCCUUAUACUACCAAUAUUUGGUGAUGGCCCACAUUGGCAUUUUCUACAGGAACAAGUUAAUCUAAUUGAAGAACAUUGGUGGAAAUUCGUUUUUCAUGUAUCGAAUUUUUAUAAAUUCAUACCGUUGAUGAUAACUCCCAUGUGGAUCAUGAAUGUAAUAUUUCAAUUAACUAUCAUAACUGCACCCAUAUUAUUUAUACUUGACAGGUGGCCAAAAUGUGGAAUUAUAAUGAUGGUCUUGCUGACUUUAAUCGGAUUUGCAGCAAACACAGCACUUCUUUUAAUUACCGAUACUGCAGCAAUAUUUGGAUAUCUUCUUGAUAUAAAGAAAAUAAUGAAGUAUCUGGAAAAAGUAUAUUUCAAACCAUAUUGCUCACAUCUAAGUAGUUAUUGUAUGGGACUACUGGUUGGGUAUCUUUUAUCUCAAAGAAAAAUUUUGAAAUUUGGAAAGAAAAUUCGUUUAUUGUUUUGGAUGUUAUCAAUUGCAUGUUUGCUAUUUGCAAUAUUUGGAAUACACGGAAAUAUGAAUACGGUAUCGCCGAAUGAAAAUAGUAUUCUUCUAUUCAAGAUAUUUGCACCGUAUUUAUGGUUAGUUGCAAAUAUAUGGAUAUGCAUCGCAUUUACUAAAGGCCAUGGAGUUUUAUUUUUAACUUCAAUUGGAAAAGAAUUAAACCUUUAUAUUCCCACUAUUGUCAGUCUGUCUGUAUGUCCUUCGUAA